AUGGACUUCAUUAUCUGGGCUGUGGCUAGCCUUUUCCGCUGGAUGCGAUUGAAGGUCUACCAGUAUGAGGUGACUUUCUCUCUCUACAUGCUUACUCCAAUUGAGAAGUUCAUCUUCAACACCCUGCUCCUUGGCCUCAUUGGCAUGAUCGCUAUGGCCACUUACAUCUACCUCCCUGACCACCUCCGCGCCAUCUAUGGCCGUUUCUACUACUAUUGGGCCGGUGAGCGCUUGUUCAGCUCUGGUCGGUUAUCAAUCAGCUCUGUCUUUGGCGAAAAUGGCAUGGCCACACAGAUUGGAGAUAUGGUGUACGAGACGGCAAAGAACGCCGCUGCCACCUCGACUGGGCGCCUGGCUGAGCUGUGA